AUGCCUCUUGACGCGACCUCGCCAAUCAAGCCCGUUGCGGCUGCUCCGACGCCAUCGAGGAGGAAUGGCGGUCGCCAGAGGGAUCAGCAGGACCUGAAUCACCUCUUGGGCUUCACGCUCCCGCCGAGGGCUCCGCCGCCGCCGACCCACCUCCCACGACGCUCGAACCGCCGCAACCCGAACUACGUCGCGUUCGACCGGUCCCGCUUCGUCCACCAGUUCCGCUUCAUCGUCCGGCCUGAUCGCGACUACACGGCCCACUUUGCGGACCCCGACAUCCACCUCGACUGGAGCGACAUCCUCCAGGUCAUCCUCCCCACUUCGGCUUCCGCGCUCUCGUCUGUCACGACCGCCAAGCUCGACCAGGGGACGGAUGGAGCGAGCGCGGGCGGAGGGAUACCGGCGUGUCCGAUCUGCUUGAGCGAACCGACCGCGGCGAGGAUGACCAAGUGCGGACACGUCUUCUGCUACCCUUGCGUCCUGCACUACCUUGCCUUGGCCGACAACGGCGCCAAGUCGCGGAAUUGUCCUGUCUGCCAUGACUCCAUACACGCCAAGGACCUCAAGUCGGUCAAGUGGUUCGACCCGACCUCGAGUUCCGGCCUCCCUCCUCCGCCUCCUUCCCUCACUCAGCCUCUCGCUGACAUGGACGACGACCUCGCCCGCGCUCUCGAGCUCUCGAAGCUCGACGCACACCCACACGCCUCCACUUCCAACCCUCAAUCCUCCGCUUCAUCGCGCGGCGAAAAGCUCAAAAUGCGCCUCAUCCGCCGGCCGCAAAUGACGACCCUCGCCCUCCCCCGCUCCGCAACCUGGCCCUCCGACGCCGUCCCACCCCUCCGCGCGCCGUGGCAAUUCACACCCGACGCUUUUACCUACGCCAAGUUCAUGCUCGGCGCGCCGGACUAUAUGCGCGACGAGUUACUCGCGCAGAAGGCGGAGCUGGAGCGAGAGAUCCUCACGCUCCGGCGGUUUGGGCGGCGAGGCGGGACGGACGAGGAGCUGGGCAUUGUUUUCGUCGAUGCUGCGUUGCGCAAGGUCGACGAGCAGCUCGCCAAGGCUGAGGCGCUCAAGACGACGAGUGUCAUGACGGCGCGGAAACGCUCGUUGCGCGAGAUCCAGCAGGUGCAGGAGGUCAAGGGCAAGGCGGACGAGGCGAGCAAGUUGCCGUCCGUGACCGACACCAGCUCGAGCGAGGUCGAGCACGAGGGAGAGGCGCGGCCUGCCCCAGCCCUACCCGCCCCAGUCCCCGUAUACGACCCCGUCCCGCUCGACUUCCUCCAAUCACGCGGCACGACACCCCUCUCUACUGCCGCACCCGUCUUCGUCCCCUCCUCGCCGCCCUCGUCCCGCUCCUCGGUCCCUCCACCCGUCCCGCUCUCGCCGCCCCGAAACCGUCCCCAUCAACGUCGCAACGUCCUCGCCCCUCCUCCGCCGGAAGAAGACCCCGCCUACUAUUUCUACCAAGCCGCGACCGGCCAACCGAUCUUCCUCCAGCCGCUCGACAUCCGGAUCCUCAAGUCGCAUUUCGGGACGUACCAGUCCAUGCCGAACGAGAUCGAGGUGGUCGUCGAGGGCGCAGACGAGGGGUCGAUGAAUGACGAGUUGAGGAGACGGUGCAAGUGGUUGAGCCACUUGCCGAUCGCGAGCGACGUCGUCUUUGUCGAGGCGGACUUGGGCGCGCUCGUCCCCCGCAAAGCGUUGGAGCCGUACGCGACGGCACUCAAGCAGCGACGGAACAAGCGGCGAAACAAGGCGAGGAAGGAGGACCGCGCGAAAGCGGAGAGCGAGUUGAAGGCCGCCGAGCAGAUGCCGGUGUUUGAGUCGACCUAUGCGUUUGGGGCAUCGAUCGUGCCUGCGUCCGCGUCGAGUUGGGACGACGUCUCUGCGUUCCCUGCUCCGCCACUCGCCUCGUCUCCUCCGCUUCCCUCACAACCCGCCCGACCCCCUCCCACGCCCUCAUCCUGGUCCCGCCCCUCGUUCGCUUCCGCACUGCACGCCUCCUCCCGCUCUUCGCCCUCUUGGUCCCACGCUUCCCACGCGGCGCACGACGACGACUUUGACGAUCGCUGGGACGAGUUUGAGGAACGACUCGGUCGUCAGCGCGCCUCGACGCCUCGGACUCACUCGAGCGGGAACAUCAAUGUUGGAGAAGGCGGCGGGCAAGCGAAGAGCGCAGGAGGAGGGGGGAGGGGAAAGAAGGGGAAGAAGGUGACGCUGCAUUUGAGCGGGGCGGCCUUGCGUGGGACGGGGUAG